CGAAUGGGCAGCCCCUCUGAGACCCCGCGGCUUGGGGGUCGGCGCACGCGGGUGCCGGCUCAGCUAGGCGGAGAAUCGAGGAGGGGUCCCCGGGAAAUAUGGCCUUUUGAUUCAUCUGGAAAAAUAGGUCUAACCUAUUUCUAAAAUAAAUUUCUCACAGGGCUCAUCACAGAGGAUUGGAAGGGCCUAGAUUACUGCCCAAUGACAAAAGUGUGGGCUUAACGUCCUCACUCUUCAGGGAGAGAAUGUGGACUCUAGCAUUUGAACUGAAUAUUUGGAAUUGAAGAUUUCUGAAUAGGAUUUAAUGUGCAAAAUGGCGAUUAUACCGGACUGGCUUAGGUUGCAUCCUCACACACGAAAAUUUACACAUUCAAGACCCCAUUCUUCACCGUGUAGAGUAUAUUCAAGGAAUGGUUCCCCAAAUAUGUUCAGAUCAUCUUCACCCACAGCUGUUGCAAAUCCAACACUGUCCUCCUUAGAUGUUAAACGGAUUUUAUUUCAAAAAAUUACCGACAGAGGGGAUGAGUUGCAAAAAGCCUUUCAGCUGCUGGAUACUGGUCAGAACUUGACUGUGUCAAAAAGUGAACUGAGAAGAAUCAUCACAGACUUCCUGAUGCCGCUCACACGAGAACAGUUUCAGGACGUGUUGGCUCAGAUUCCCCUUAGCACCUCUGGUACUGUACCGUACCUUGCCUUUCUGUCCAGGUUUGGUGGAAUUGACCUAUACAUAAAUGGUAUAAAGAGGGGAGGUGGGAAUGAAAUGAAUUGCUGCCGCACAUUAAGAGAACUUGAAAUCCAAGUGGGAGAAAAGGUUUUCAAAAACAUUAAGACUGUUAUGAAAGCCUUUAAGCUCAUUGAUGUUAACAAGACUGGACUGGUUCAACCGCAGGAGCUAAGAAGGGUUCUGGAGACCUUCUGUUUGAAGUUAAGAGACGAGGAAUACGAAAAGUUUUCGAAACACUACAACAUCCACAACGAUACUGCAGUAGAUUACAAUGUGUUUUUGAAGAAUCUCAGCAUAAAUAAUGACUUGAACCUUAGAUAUUGUACGGGAAAUCAAGAGGUCUCAUUGGAGAAUCAACAAGCCAAAAAUUCCAAAAAGGAGCGUUUGCUCGGUUCUGCGUCAUCUGAAGAUAUCUGGAGAAACUACUCCUUGGAUGAAAUUGAGAGGAACUUUUGUCUAGAACUUUCGAAGUCCUAUGAAAAGAUUGAAAAGGCCCUCAGUGCAGGGGACCCCUGUAAAGGUGGCUACGUGUCUUUUAAUUAUCUAAAGAUUGUCCUCGACACCUUUGUAUACCAAAUACCAAGAAGAAUUUUUAUCCAGUUAAUGAAAAGAUUUGGACUUAAAGCCACCACUAAAAUCAAUUGGAAGCAAUUUCUAACAUCAUUUCAUGAGCCUCAGGGGUUGCAAGUUAGCAAUAAAGGUCCCGUGACAAAAGGAAAUAGCAUCAACUCUAGAAAUGAAUCUCGCAAGGAAAACAUCAUCACAAAGUUAUUUAGAUGCACUGAAGAUCGCUCUGCAUCACUGAAGAAAGCAUUACUGAUAAUCAACAGUAAACCCAAUGGACCGAUAACAAGAGAAGAAUUUCGAUAUAUUCUAAAUUGCGUGGCUGUAAAACUAAGCGAUUCGGAAUUCAAAGAACUAAUGCAAACGCUUGACCCUGGGGACACUGGAGUGGUCAACACCAGCAUGUUUAUUGAUCUGAUUGAAGAGAACUCUAGGAUGAGAAAGACAUCUCCCUGUACAGAUGCUAAGACACCUUUCCUCCUGGCCUGGGAUUCGGUGGAAGAAAUUGUUCAUGAUACAAUUACUAGGAACCUACAAGCUUUUUAUAACAUGCUACGCUCAUAUGACCUUGGAGACACAGGGCUCAUUGGCCGAAAUAAUUUCAAGAAAAUCAUGCACGUCUUCUGCCCAUUUUUAACGAAUGCACAUUUCAUAAAACUCUGCAGUAAGAUUCAGGACAUUGGUUCAGGAAGAAUCCUUUACAAGAAACUUUUGGCACGCAUAGGAAUUGAUGGCCCACCCACUGUCUCUCCAGUUCUUGUUCCAAAGGAUCAGCUGUUAAGUGAACAUUUACAAAAAGAUGAACAGCAGCAGCCAGAUCUUUCUGAGAGAACCAAGCCCACGGAGGAUAAAACCACCCUGACCAAGAAGAUGACCACAGAAGAAGUGAUUGAAAAAUUCAAAAAGUGUAUACAGCAGCAGGACCUGGCAUUCAAAAAAAGAUUUCUUGACUUCAGCAAGGAGCCUAAUGGAAAAAUUAAUGUGCAUGACUUUAAGAAGGUACUGGAAGACACUGGGAUGCCCAUGAACGAUGAUCAGUAUGCCCUGCUGACCGCUAAAAUAGGCUUCGAGAAGGAAGGGAUGAGCUAUCUUGAUUUUGCGGCAGGAUUUGAAGAUCCUCCAGUGAGACUGCCGGAAACCACUCCGCCACAGCCUCCAACUCCUUCAAAAAGUUACGUGAACAGCCACUUUAUCACCGCAGAAGAAUGCCUGAAGCUUUUCCCCAGGAGGCUGAAGAAGUCAUUCCGGGACCCCUACUCUGCCUUCUUUAAAACAGAUGCUGACAGGGAUGGCAUCAUCAACAUGCAUGACCUUCACAGAUUGCUCCUACACCUACUGCUUCAUCUCAAAGACGAUGAGUUUGAGCGCUUCCUUGGCCUUCUUGGUUUGAGACUUAGUGUCACUUUAAAUUUUCGGGAAUUUCGAAAUUUGUGUGAGAAGAGACCAUGGAGAACAGAUGAAGCGCCUCAAAGACUCAUUAGACCAAAACAGAAGUUCGCGGAUUCAGAACUAGCUUGUGAACAGGCUCAUCAGUAUCUUGUUACCAAAGCAAAAAACAGAUGGUCAGACUUGUCUAAGAAUUUUCUAGAAACUGAUAAUGAGGGCAAUGGCAUUCUUCGACGCCGGGACAUAAAGAACGCACUGUACGGUUUUGAUAUUCCCCUCACACCAAGAGAGUUUGAAAAGCUUUGGGCAAGAUAUGACACCGAGGGAAAAGGACAUAUUACUUACCAGGAAUUUUUACAGAAAUUGGGUAUUAACUAUUCACCUGCUGUCCAUCGGCCCUGUGCAGAGGAUUAUUUCAACUUCAUGGGUCAUUUUACAAAGCCACAGCAGCUACAGGAAGAGAUGAAGGAGUUGCAGCAGAGCACAGAGAAGGCCGUGGCAGCCAGGGAUAAGCUUAUGGACCGCCAUCAAGAUAUCAGCAAAGCAUUCACCAAAAUUGAUAAAUCCAAAACCAACUACAUAUCCAUAUGCAAGAUGCAGAAAGUGCUGGAAGAAUGUGGCUGUUCUCUUACAGAGGGGGAGCUGACCCAUCUGCUAAACAGUUGGGGAGUCAGCCGGCAUGAUAAUGCUAUCAAUUACCCUGACUUCCUGAGAGCAGUGGAGAACAGCAAGUCAACAGGAGCUCAACCCAGGGGAAAAGAAGAGAGCAUGCCAAUCAAUUUUGCAACGCUGAAUCCACAGGAGGUUGUGAGGAAGAUCCAGGAAGUAGUUGAGUCCUCCCAGCUGGCUUUGUCCACGGCAUUUUCUGCAUUGGAUAAAGAGGAUACAGGAUUUGUAAAGGCUACAGAAUUCGGACAAGUUCUUAAGGAUUUCUGUUACAAACUAACAGACAAUCGGUAUCAUUAUUUUUUGAGGAAACUAAGAAUUCAUCUAACCCCCUAUAUAAACUGGAAAUAUUUUCUCCAGAACUUUAGCUGUUUCCUUGAGGAGACAGCUGAUGAGUGGGCUCAGAAAAUGCCCAAAGGCCCGCCGCCUACCUCUCCCAAGGCCAUGGCCGACAGAGACAUCCUGGCUCGCCUCCACAAAGCAGUGACUUCCCGUUACCAUGCCAUCACCCAGGAGUUUGAGAAUUUUGACACCAUGAAAACGAACACCAUCUCCGGAGAGGAGUUUAGGGCCAUUUGUAAUCGCCACGUCCAAAUCCUGACGGACGAACAGUUUGACAGACUCUGGAACGAGAUGCCAGUCAAUGCCAAGGGGAGGCUGAAAUACCCAGACUUCCUGAGCAGGUUCAGUUCCGAGACAGCAGCCACACCAAUGGCCACUGGUGACUUGACCGCGGCCCAGAGAGGGAGCAGUGUCCCCAACGUCUCGGAAGGCACCAGAUCUGCCCUCUCACUGCCCACUCAGGAGCUGAGACCAGGGUCAAAGUCACGGAUUCACCCCUGUACUCCAGCAAGCACCACUGUGAUCCCGGGCACUCCGCCCUUGCAGAACUGUGAUCCCAUAGAGAGCAGGCUCCGGAAGAGAAUCCAGGGCUGCUGGCGCCAGCUCCUGAAAGAAUGCAAGGAGAAGGAUGUGGCCAGACAGGGGGACAUCAACGCCUCCGAUUUCCUGGCUCUUGUGGAGAAAUUCAACCUGGACAUAAGCAAAGAGGAGUGUCAGCAGCUCAUUAUAAAAUACGACUUAAAGAACAACGGGAAAUUUGCAUACUGUGACUUCAUUCAGAGCUGUGUCCUCCUACUAAAAGCAAAGGAAAGCUCACUGAUGCGCAGGAUGAAGAUCCAGAAUGCACACAAAAUGAAAGAAGCCGGUGCUGAGACGUCAUCUUUUUACUCUGCUCUGCUGCAUAUUCAGCCCAAAAUUGUGCACUGCUGGAGGCCAAUGCGGCGCACGUUCAGAAGCUAUGAUGAGGCUGGAACGGGGCUGCUAAGCAUCGCAGAUUUCAGGACGGUCCUGAGACAGUACAGCAUCAACCUCUCUGAGGAAGAGUUCUUCCAUAUUCUGGAGUAUUACGAUAAGACGCUGUCUUCAAAAAUCUCCUACAACGACUUCCUCCGGGCGUUCCUCCAGUAGACACCCCUGCCAUGCACCCAGCGGGACGACAGCCACAGGGCCUGUUUCAAGACUAAUAAAAUCCUAUAAUUUGGGGGUUUCAUGAAUUUUCAAAAAAGCAAAACCCAAGCCCAAGCCCAGCCCGCCCCUGUCUGGAUCAGGGGUAGUAGGCACGGCUGCCCUGGGUUCUGGCGCAGGAUGAUUGCUCUCCAGGUGCCAGGUGCUACCACUGUCUUGGGCACCCUCACUUGUUAGUCUGGACAAAUAGUCUUUGCAAGAAUGAUUCUUGACACUAUGAAAGAAUUACUAAUGCUAACUUUUUUUUUUUUUACAUGGAGUUUGGCUCUUUUGCCCAGGCUGGAGUGAAGUGGCGCUUUCGGCUCGCUGCAACCUCCGCCCCCUGGGUUCAAGCAAUUCUCCUGCCUCAGCCUCCCGAGUAGCUGGGAUUACAGGCACCCACCACACCCGGCUAAUUUUUGUAUUUUUAGUAGAGACAGGGUUUCGCCAUGUUGGCCAGGCUGGUCUCGAACUCCUGACCUCAGGUGACCCACCCACCUCAGCCUUCCAAAGUGCUGGGAUUGCAGGCGUGAGCCUCCGCGCCCGGCCAAUGCUAACAUUCUUAGAAGCUUGGACUUUCCGGAGGUUUUGUUCAUGGCCCCUGCUGGGCGCCUCCUCCAGUCCAGAGCAGUUGGGGCCCUGCACCCCAUUACCCAAGGGCUGCUGUCUCCUUUGACCCCCCAGCUUCCUGGGUCCUGGGUCAGAGGACAUCUGAGCCCCCUGCUGCAGUCAGGGUGGCCAUGUCUCUGCUCCUAGAGGCACAGGCACUGACCACCCCAUCCCUGUCUUGCUCAGGGACACUGGCCAGCCUGACUCCAUGAAGAGCAACUCAUGCCUGAGUGAGACCCCCUGGAGCUUUGGGCCUCCCUCCACCUUCCUGAGCCCAAGCCUAGUGGCCACUGGCUGUAAACCCCACCAGGGACAGUAAUGAGAGGGCCCUUCCUUGGAACUGACAGUUUUAACAAGUUUGAAAAUCAUCACUCCGCUUUCAUGGACUGUGACUCAGCUGAGAGACGCAGGCAGCGUUUGCCACCUUCUGGAAGGUUCUCCAAGAAACUGGGGAGCAGCAGGCAGGAUAUGGGAUGUGGGCGGAGCACCUCCCCUCCACCUGGGCCCCAGGCCUUGCCCACCAAAGCCCCCUUCCCUGCCCCUGCACGGGGUCCAAAUGAGGCUACACCGUGAGAUGAGCAGAGCUCUCCCUGCGAGGCAGAGCUGCGCAUUGGAUGGGCGUGACUGGGAGGAGAGGCCCCUGUCCGGCCCGCGCAGGCCUUCUAUUUCCAGGAAAAUGUUUCCUGGGGUCACCUUUGUUUCCAUCUGUCCUUAGUUUCCUCCUCAUUUCAGACUGGACCGCUGCAGGGAGAACGGGGUGCUCAGGCAGCCCCAAGUUCAGGGAAGGGGAAGGGGACCCUGAGUAGGUGCAUCAACAGGGCCAUGCGGUGCUACGGGGCAGAGACGCCCUGGACCCCAGGCUGCUCCUCCAUGUGACUCUGUACCAGGUCCCAUCCCUUCAGCGUCCUCAUCUGUAGAAAUGGUGGGACCACACUUGUGCCACCUUUGUUGUGGGACCUGGGCAUGUGGGCGGCAGAUAUUCCCAUGAGAGAGGCUUCAGUCCAGAAUAAGGAAGGCCUGUGAGGGCCAGGGGCACCAGCCUGCGACUCCAGCCAGAGGCAGGGCAGUGUCAGCUCCCGGUGAACACAGGCAUGCCAGACUCAGGCUGAGGACAGGCCAGUGCCAGCAGUCAGUGAGCACAGGUGUGCGGGACUCAGGCCUGGACAGGGCAGUAUCAGCAGCCAGUGAGCACAGGUGUGCAGGACUUAGGCCGAGACAGGGCAGUGCCAGCGCCCUGUAAGCACAGGUGUGCGGGACUCAGACCCAAUGCUUCACACACAUCAUCAUUUAGACUCCUGUGAGCAUCCCCAUUUGAUAGAUGAGGAAACUGAGGUACCGGAAGUUUUCCAGAGUCUCACAGCUUGCAGGAUUUGGCCCAGACAGUGAGUGACAGCCCAGGCCAGCGUCAGAGGCCCUGAAGGUGGGCGGGCCGGCUCCCCUGCAGGCAGCACCAGGACUCACUCAGCCCUGUGCCCACAUCCCUGCCUCCAUGCCCUGGCUCCUGCUGGCUCCUCCUUCUGGGACUACUUGUGUUCUCAUCUGCACAGCCGCAUACUCUUCCUCUGAGGCCCAGCUCCAAACCUCCUGGAACCCUGGGCAGAGGCUGAGCUCCCCGUUCGAUGCUGUCACCAUUUGGCAGAGAGAGUCCCUCCCUUCUGCACCCAGACUGCAGACUCCACCCAUAGGGUGAGAACACUGACCUGCGCCCCCAGCCUGGCACACAGCAGGUGCUUUAAUGCUGGCAGGGCACAGCCUCUGGGUCCCUUUCCCAGAAGGAAAGCUGACCAGGCUCUGCAGGGAGUGCUGGCAAGUUGGGGAGCAACUCUGGUGUUGGGGGCUUCUCUGUGGAUGGACUCUGUGAGUGCUGGACUCCCCAUAGCACUAGGAAGUGGCUGUGGGGUCAGACCCACUUUCUCUUGGCCGCAUCUCCCAGCUUCUGGCAAAACAAGUUCUGGAUCUUUCCAUGCAUUUCCCACCAGCACUGCUGGCACCACACUCUGACAUAACAGUUUUAAAAUGCAGUCUCACCUAUAAAAACAAAUCAGGUGACACUGAACUUUCAAUGAGCUCUGGAAAGAAGGCUUGGCAUCUGCCUGUUGUUAUUCCAACCCCAGAAAUUGAAAGUGUGUCCCCAAAUUUGCAAAGUAACCUAUUAAAAUCCCCACUGUGAUGGAGGGUUGGAUGCUUAGUGGUGAGGGGCAGAUGGAUGCCCUGCCCAUGUGCCCUGCCUCAGCAUUGGAGGCCCCACCUGGGUGCCCAGAUCCCAUCCUGUGUGCUGGACUUCAGCUUCCCCAUGCUGCUUCUUACAUAGCGUUGCACUUGGCACCAGCAGUUUCUUCCACCUACUCCUCAGGAAAUGCCGGGUAUUCCUUCAAAACUCUCAAAGCCACCUCUUCCACGAAGCUCUCCUGACAUCCUGAGGCUGAGUCAGUACAAUUAGUCUGAACCUGUUCAGCAGCCUUGUGGGUCCAUCAUUUUUAAGGGUUGAAGAAGGAGGAGGAGAAAGAGGAAGGAAGAAAAGAACAAGAAGUGCAACCGACUGCAUGUAUGUGGACCUCAAAGCCUAAAAUAUUUACUAUCUGAUCCUCCACAGAGCAAGUUUGCUGGGUCCUGCUAUACAAAUGUCUGGCUUUCAACAAAAAAUUUUGAGCUUUACCAAGGGCAAUUAUAAAAACAGUUUGAGAAGACAAAGCACUCAUAAGAUCAGACUCAGACAUGACACAGAUUUUGGAACCAUUAGAAAAAUGUUUAAAGAACUGGUUUAUGUGUUAGAGCUCUAACCAGCCAAUUUCAGCAGAGAGAUGAAAACUGUAAGAAUCAGAAAGGCUAGAAAUAAAAAAAAACACAGUAAUAAAGAUGAAGAUUGCCUUUGACAGGCUCAUCAGUAGAUUCUACAUAACCAAGGAAAGAAUGAGUGAGCUUGAAGAUAGGUCAAUAGCAUGUAUCUAAACCUAAAUGCAGAGAGAAAAAGAGUGGGGAAAAAUUGCAGAAUAUAUAAGAGCUGUGGGACAGUAUAAAAUGGUCUAAUAUGGGGCCGGGCACAGUGGCUCAUGCCUGUAAUCCCAGCACUUUGGGAGGCCGAGGUGGGCAGAUCAUGAGGUCAGAAGUUCAAGACCAGCCUGACCAACAUGGUGAAACCUCGUCUCUACUAAAAAUACAAAAAUCAGUGGGGUAUGGCAGUGUGUGCCUGUAAUCCCAGCUACUCAGGAGACUGAAGCAGGAGAAUUGCUUGAACCCAGGAGGCGGAGUUUACAGUGAGCCGAGAUCGCACCACUGCACUCCGGCCUGGGUGACAGAGCAGUGAGACUCUGUGUCAAAAAAAAAAAAAGUCUAACAUGCACAUAAUUCAGGAGGAAAAGAAAGAGAACAUGGAGCAGAAGAAAUAUUUGAAGAAAUAAUGGCUGAGGAUUUUCCAAAAUUAGUUACAAAUGCUAAACGACAGAGAACAGAAGCAUAUAGAAGCUGGCAGGAUACACACACACACACACACACACACACACACACACAUGCAUGCACCUCUAGGAAUAUCAUAUUCGGAUUGCUUCAAAAAAAAGACAGAAGAAAUUUUGAAGGCAGCUAGAGAAAAAAGAUACAUGACCUACAGAGGAACAAGGGUAAGAAUUACGGCAUACUUCUCAGAAACCAUGCUAACCAGCAGACAAUGGAAUAACAUUUUCAGAGUGCUGAAAAAAAUCAUCAAGCUCAAAUUUUGUAACCAGCAAAAUACCUUUCAAAAAUAAAGAGAUACAUUGGAUUUUCUAGGCACACAACAAAUGAAGGAACUCAACUGACGGCAUACUUACCAUAAAAUAAAUUUUAGGCUGGGUGCGGUGGCUCUGGGAGGCCAAGGUGGGUGGAUCACUUGAGGUCAGGAGUUUGAGAUGAGCCUGGCCAACAUGGUGAAAUCCUGUCCCUACUAAAAAUACAAAAAUUAGCCAGGCAUGAUGGUGGGCACCUCUACUCCCAGCUACUUGGGAGACUGAGGCAGGAGAAUUGCUUGAACCCAGGAGGUGGAGGUUGCAGUGGACCGAGAUCGCACCACUGCACUCCAGUCUGGGCGACGGAGCAUGACUCUGUCUCAAAAAAAAAAAAAAAAAAAAAAAAAAUUAAAGGAAGUUCUACAGGCAGAAGGAAUAUGAUUGAGUCAGAAAUUUGGAUCUAUCAAAGAAAUGGAGUAUCAGAGUGAUAUAAUCAAAGGUAAAAUAAAAUAUUUUUAUACCUGAAAUUAUUUUAAAAGCCAUCUAAAGCAAAAUCUGUCACAGUAUAUUAUGUGUUUACACCAGAUUUAAAAGUACAACAAUAAGCACGAGGGAUGGGCAGAAGGAAUUCAGAGUGUACUGUUAAAAGGUUCUUAUACUGCAUGUGAAGCAAUAUGAUAUAAUUGAAGACAGAUUGUUUUAUAAUGUAUUUAUAAACCAUAGAGCAACCACUAAAAAUAUACUUUUAAAAAUAUACUUGCAAAAGGUAAAAUUAACAAGUGAACAGAGGAGAUAAAAGGGAAUUAUGAAGGGUUACAUCAGCAGAAAUGGCAGAGGAAGGCCCUCCAAGAGAUCUUUCCUCCAAAACAGCAGCAAGAAAACUGGCAACAAUGGUCAGGAUCAACUUUUUUUGAGAACUCUAGAAAUUAUCCAAAGGCUUGCAGGAACCGAAGGGGCACUUAUUCAAGAAAAGUAGCUGAGCGUUGGCAAGACUUGUGGCAUUUUUCUUUUUUUUUUUGAGACGGAGUCUUGCCCUGUCACCCAGGCUGGAGUGCAGUGGUGCCAUCUCAGCUCACUGCAACCUCCACCUCCCGGGUUCAAGCGAUUCUCCUGCCUCAGCCUCCCAAGUAGCUGGGACUAUGGCACGCGCCAUUGUAACCAGCUAGUUUUUGUAUUUUUAGUAGAGAUGGGGUUUCACUGCAUUGGCCAGGCUUGUCUCGAACCCCUGACAUGAUCCACCUGCCUCAGCCUCCCAAAGUGCUGGGAUUACAGGUGUGAGCCGCUGCGCCCAGCCGACUUGUGGCAUUUUAACUGCCCUAGUCCAACCAGCCACUCUCCAGGUCCCCAACAGCCUUAGAAAAUGACAGCCUGCAUUCCCAGUUCGGUGUGAUAGUCACCACACAGAGCAGAACAGGGCUGGAGCAACUUCAAAGCCUAUUUCACCAAAAUAUGGUCGCUAUUCGGCCUGCAUAGUGGUUCCCUGAAAGAUGCCCUUUGCAAGGCUGGCUGUUUUGGGCCUAACUCAGAGCUUGCCCAGGUAUAAGAAACCUUUUCCCCAGAGUUAAGGAGGGAGUAUUUGUAAAAAAAAAAAAAAAAAAAAAACACACACAAGAAA